AUGGCGUCUACGGUCACGAGCGGCUCGCUCGUCUACGAGCGCCACGUCGUCGAGCGCGUGCACAAAUACCACUGGCCCGCGGUCCAGCUCAACAUCUGGAUGCUCAUCAUGCUCAUCGCCGCCUGCACCAUCAUUGGAGUUUUUGGGACGUUUAUCCAGAUCCAACAAACCCUCCUACUCCCAAUUCCAUGGUACUUCCCCUACUACAUAACCGUGUCCGCCCUCGCCGUGUCCUUCAUCCUGCUGCUGCUCUGGCUCAUCUUCCAGCGGCGGCUGCUGCCGAGCAUCGUCAUGAUAGGGGGGUUCAUCCUGUUUGUCCUGUGGCUGGUCGGGCUGAUCGUCAUAUCGAUCCAGCUGUGGGGGCCCACGGGCAGCGUCAGCUCCAACUGUAACCUUUACGUCUUUGGGGCCAACCCGCAGCCGAUGGGCCAGAGCCUUGAGACACUCGCCUGGCUGCAGCAGAAAAGCAUAUGCCAGAGCUGGCAGGCAGUGUUUGCCUUUGGCUUGGUCGGGGCCAUUUUCUUGCUGUGGAUCAUGGUUAUGGCUUAUCAAGUCUUUGCGGACGACAGGUAUUGA